CAAGUGAAGCUGGGCGGAAAUCUAACCCUAUUUUGACUUCUCAGAUCCAGAAGAUAAAGACAUUAAGUGAGUGAGAGUCAUCAUUCUACAAGAUUAAAAACAUGGCGGUGACGAUUCCAGACUAUGGCAACGAUACAACGUUCGAUGACUAUGACUAUGACGACCUCUGUGUUCUUGACCCGAGCCCCACAGCGGUCAUCACCCAAACAUACGUCCAUUCCAUCAUCUGUGCCUUCGGCCUGAUCGGCAAUGUCCUCGUGAUCGUCACCUACAUAUUCUACAAGAGAGCCAAGACGAUGACGGAUGUCUACCUCUACAACGUUGCCAUGGCUGACCUGAUCUUUGUGGUGGCCCUUCCAUUUAUCCUAUACAACGAGCAGCACAGCUGGUUCAUGGGUCCUGUGGCCUGCAAGAUACUGAGGUCGGCCUACAGCAUCAACCUCUACAGCGGCAUGCUCCUGCUCGCGUGCAUCAGUGGCGAUCGUUACAUCGCAAUAGUUCAGGCCAGGAAAUCCUUUGGCGCUCGCUCACGCACUCUGAUCUACAGCCGCCUCAUCUGCUCUGCUGUUUGGCUGUUUGCUGUGGCCCUGACACUGCCUACGUUCAUCUACACCCAGCGCUUUGAAGAGCAGAAUCAGGGGACUGAGAGCGUCACAGUGAUGUGUGAGAUGUAUUUCAGGAAGAAUGAGACAGCAAAAGUGAUGAAGGUGACGGUUCCCAGCCUCCAAAUGGCUUUCGGCUUCCUAAUGCCUCUGGUGGCGAUGGUGUUCUGCUACUCCAGCAUCAUUUGCACCUUGCUGACAGCACAGAACAGCCAGAGGAACAAGGCUGUGCGUGUGGUUUUGGCAGUCGUGGUGGUUUUCAUUGCGUGCCACCUUCCCUACAACGUGACUCUGCUAACACACACCCUGUCUCUGUUUAAGGAGAGAAGUUGUGAGUGGGAAAAGAUUAAACUCAGAGUUCUGGACAUCUCCAGAGGCAUAGCCUACCUCCAUUGCUGUCUGAAUCCCAUCCUCUACGCCUUCAUCGGGUCGAAGUUCAGGAGUCACUUCAGGCAAAUAGUGGUGGAUAUGUGGUGCUUCAGCAAAAAGUACAUCUACUCUGCUCGCUCGUCACGCGGAACGUCUGAUAUUUGCGUCUCAGGUCUCAAGUCUUCAGAGGGCUCUAGCAACAUGAUGUCAUUCAGUGUAUGAUGCUGCAGCCGAGAGAUAAUUAGAAAUGCUGAUGCUACAGGAGCCUCUCGUCUCUCCAAGUUGUUACUGUGCUGUAACUGUAUGUAGCCACCCACACACACACGCACACGCACACACUUAUUAUAACCGGUUGGAAUAAUGCCCGUGAUGAGCACGUGUCCGUUAAGAUACUGAUACUGGCUCCAUUUUAUUCAGGAGAACGAGCAAAACACAUCAGUGAUUCAUGUUAGUAAUAUCUGUGCUUUUCAUUAUAUUACAGGUCGAAAUGUCUGCUGUGAAUCACACAUAUUAAAUGUCAUGGAAUUUGAACGACAUUUUACAAAUGAUCAUAUAAUGAUUCUGUUUGAACCAAAGAGGAGAAAGUAGUGGUAGAAAUCCUAUUACAGCACAUGAUAACAGCCACAUGCAAAUUAAACCAGUGCCUCUACACAUCUAAUCUUAGUUUUUCACUGCUUCAGGAGCAUGAAAAUUCAAUCCUCAGAGCAAAUCUGCAUCUAGUUUGCUCCCCUUUCAUGAAUAGGUUUAUAGAUGUAAGAACAUUCUCUGCUGGUGACAUUUUAUCGAUAUGUGCUAAUGAUGUAUUAUCUUUAAUUAACAUUUGAUGGCUGGUUUUGUUUCUUUAAAUAUAUAUAUUUGAAAAGAGGUACGACUGAGAGCCACUUCUCUAGUGUUGCUAUGUAUAUCCUGUUGACUGAGUCUGCUGUUUUUUUAAAGUUAAGCUAAAGCUCCUCACAUUUCUAAACUUGCCCUUCUGUCACUUAAGUUUUUAUCAGUUUGUAUUUUGUAAAUGAGAUUGUCUGAAUAAACAGUGUGUCUGAAAAUA